GAACUGGGCGCUUGAUGCGUUUGUGUACCUGGUGAUGAGAACCUGGAGAAGAGAGAAACGAGUUUUGGCCCAGAUUGUUGCAUUUUUGCUGAAGAAAGUUGUGUCCACUUCCGAAAUUCAGUGUAGGGCGGCAGUUUUGAGACAAAAAUCAGCUCAAAACACUUCGGAGGCGCCGCACAGCUGAUUGGACGAAAUUAACUUAAACAGACGGCAGACGAGAAAAAAAUCGACUGCUACAGAUUCAACAUAAUUAGAUAAAAUCCCGUGAAGAUGCCAGUCGUAAAAGAGCAAGAGCGGGAUGAAAGCGACGCCGAAGACAUGGAGCAGGACUCGGGCGACUCGGACAAGUCCUCGUCCAGUCUGGACGCCAGCGAUUCGUCCGAUACCGAUGAUAGCUCUGAAAUGGACGAUGAAACAUGCGCCCGACGCAGAGUAGAGUGCCUGGAAGAUUUGGCGGACCUCGAGAGGCAGUUUAGCCUAAUUAAAGAGCAGCUCUAUAGAGAAAGAGUAAGCCAGGUUGAAGCAAAGCUGGUGGAAGUUCGGUGCGGGAAAGCGCAAGAGUACCUGCAACCUUUGGAGGAGCUUGAGGAGAAUAUGAACAUCCGAAUGAAUGUAGCCGAAGUACUCAAGAAAUAUCGCAUCGAAAAUAUAAUGAAUAAAUUUGACGCUGAAGAGCUUGCAUCUCACCAAAAUUUUGAGAGUGAAAAAGCGCUGCUCAGAGACAUGAUUAACAGCGACCUGGAAGAAAAGAUCCGGCGGCUGGAAGAUGAUCGCAAUAACACAGACAUUUCCUCCGGUUUGUGGAUGGAGAGCCUUUCAAAAAGAUCAAAGAAACACCGUCAUGGCGGCAGUGGUGGCGACGGCGACGGUGCAGCCCUGAAGGACGCCUCGCCGAACGAGAGGAGAAGGAAGCCGGUCACAGUGUCCGGGCCCUAUGUUGUGUAUAUGUUGACUGAUAGCGAAAUCCUGGAGGAUUGGACUGUCAUCAAAAAGGCACAGACCAUAAGAAAAUCCGAGACGUCGUUCUUGUACUGAAAGUGUUCGUGACAGUUUCCGGAGUGUCUGCGAGAGGGACGUUGUUUGCAUAUCAAUGGACUGUACAGUUUUAAAUGCAAGCUAGGUUGUAAUGAUCCUUUUUCUAAGCUGAAUGUGGUUUCAUUAAUUAAAAUAUCAUGUAUUUCGUCAAUGAAAAA